CUCCGUUGGUUUUCAUUCUCCGAGUUUCUCACUCUAAAACCCUGCGGAGGAGCAUAAACCCGCGAGAAACCGCCAUAGCCAAGAGAGGAUGGAUCACCUCGCAAGAGCUCAGGAGACGUAUCGCCAGCUGCAGAGUGAGGAGAGAAUGAAGCGGAAGAUCGAUGAAGUCCCCCCGAAACUUCUAGCGCAGCUCCACCCCGUCCAAGACCACAUCAGUUUCACACUCAAGAAAGCGAUGUUCAAGUGCUCGUACGAAUGCUAUGAUAGGGAAAGGAAUCGGAAUCAGGAAGAGGUAGUGAGCUGCGUUGAGAAUUGCGCCAUGCCGGUUCGUACUGCCCAGCAUGAGUACGAGGAGGAGAUGGCUGAUUUUGAGGCAAGGAUAAAACGGUCUCUUGAGCGCUGCCAGAACAAGUAUGAGAAAGAUCAGAUCACAGGAACUGGAAAUGAAGACCAUAUGAUCGGCAUGGAGUCCUGCGUCGAUGAAGCAAUCAAGGACAACACAAGCUGGCUUCCACGCAUUCUCUACAGGCUCAAAAGAGCGUGCUCGAUGGGAGAUGAGAAGAAGCAAGUGAACUAGUGUUCAUGACAACAACAGGAAAUUUCUGAAUAUGGUUUUAGGAAGCAAAAAGGAGAGAGAUGUGAGAAUCGCUCGGUGAUGAGCAACAGUCAUUUUGUAGAUCAAAAGUACUUGCAUAUUUUCUGUUUACUUCUGUUUUGACACUUUGAGCACAAUGCUAUGAAGGGAAUAGCCAUUGAAGAGUUCAAUUCAUAUUCAUUUUCCAUUGUUAGUGUCGAUCUUGAGUUGGGUUGGUUUCAUUUUCAUGUAGAAAUGGUUUAUGAAUUAUGGGUUUGAUGGACGGUCUUUAAUCUGAAUUGAAAAAUUAGUGGGGAACUCUAACCCAUAUUUGGUUGAGAAACCAAAAAAAAAAAAAAAAAUUGAAUUAUAAACACAAGUGAAUUUGAUGCAAGCAUCGAUUUGGUCUGAUUUGAUUACAAGCCACAUUCUGGGCCGGUUUGGAAGAUGACACAAAAUCUGGGGCUAGUUUUACCAAACAGUAAAGUUGAUGAACUCGUUUGAUAAAAGUAUUGAAGUCCAGGGGCCAAAACUCAACAAGAAACAAUAUCACUUCAAACGGCGUCGUAUUGCAGGUUUUGGGCGUUGUUUUGAAACUAUCUUCCCCACCGCUCCGCCGAUAGAAUAGAUUUCCUUCCAGCGCCCGACAAAAAUGUCAGCGGCGCGAGUUUUUGUUCCAUUCCUGAAGGAAGCUCAUGUAAUGUAACCCUCAGAGAUUUUGCAGUCUUGUGUUCUUCAUUAUUCCUUCCUAAUUUCCCGCCGAAGAGUUAGCUUUCGUCAAUGCUCUCACUGACUGACUUGUCCGAAUCGUUGGCAUCUGGGUUUUCAAUGUUCAUUGCAUGAAUUGGUUUCCUUGUAUUGGUUCUGAUUUUCAGUUCACGGUGGUGUGAGUUACGAGUUCGAAUUUGUUACCGAGGAAGUCAUGAUCGAUGUGGGUAGAUUAAUAGGGGCUGUCUCUUGUUUGUUGAGCUAGAAAUUAAGUUUAUGCAUGCUUGUUCAAAUAUUUUGAAGAGCUCGAUCGUGUGAGGAAAAAGGAAAGAAAUGCUUUCUAUCUGUUGGAAGAUUGAGGCGUAUCUAUCUUUCUCUUCUCCUGGAGUCUUAUUUUCGCUCUUCAAAAAUGGUUGUCGCUUGGACUUGUAGUCGCCGAGGUUAUUCGAUCAGUACUUGAUGUUUGAACAGCUCAAAUAUAUGGGUUGAUUCCCAUACAUGUUAAGAUUCAGGUAUCCUCCCGUACGUCGAUUCCCCUAGACCUUUCUCAAGCAUGGGCGAUACUACAGUCUUGGUUCAGGCUCGAGACCCAGCUAAGCUAAGCAUGGAGAUAGAGACUGCGCGCAAUAGAUGAACAUAUAUAGGUUCAGUGAUUCAUGGAAACUAACGGCUUAUGCAUGCAGAUGGAAGGGUUUCUCAAUCUCAACCAUGGGCGAUACUACAGUCCGUCUUGAGCAAGCUCCUAAUUAACAGGCUGUUGCGGA